AUGCUCACACUAUCAGGCGGCAAAUGCGGCGGGACAUUCGUAGACCGCAAUCUCUACAAGCUCCUCGCCAAACGCUUCGGAACUGCAUUUACCAGCCUGGGUCCACAGCACGUAGGCCCAGGCAGUCAGUUCAUGGACCAGUUUGAGAAUCGCAAAAGAGACUUCAGCCUCGAUACACCGAGCAGGAAGUCUUACAAACUAACUCUACCUAUGCGAAACCUAGUAGUCACUCCGGAGAUGCAGAAGUACUAUGACCCCGACUUCAACUGGGUGCUCCUUAGCAAAGAUGAUAUGAAGAGCCUUUUUGACCCCGUGAUUGACGUCAUUCUCAAGCUUGUGAAAGAUCAGGUUGAUCAAGUCAAGAGAGACAAGGAGCCAAUAAUCAAGACGAUGUGUCUGGUGGGCGGGUUUGGCUCGUCGCCUUAUGUCAAGGAGAGGUUGCUUGAAUGGUGCUCUGAGCAAGAGAUACGGCUCACAACACCAUGGACAGGAGCUUGGGCAGCUGUUGUCUGUGGUGCCGUGUUGCGAGGCGUUGAGGGAUCUAUGGUCAGACAAAAGAAAUGUCGUCGACACUAUGGACAUAGCAUCUCUCGAACAUAUGAUCCAGCAGUUCAUUACAACUUUGAUGAGAACAAGCGACGGCUGUGGAAUGAUCCCUGGACCAAGGAGCAAAACCUGUCUGGCUUCAUGGAUUGGGAGAUCGCAAAGGGCGCCCUCCUCGACGACGACACUGAGAUCAGCACAAGUUUCUACUCGCACUUCUCGGAAUAUUUUGACGGAAAGCAUACGCACGAUCUUUACUCGUGCAGUUUGGACGAGGCACCUGAGACUAUUGAGAACGAACGGAUCGAGAAAGUUGGCGAGGUUUUGUACACCAUCGAUGAUAUUGGCAUUGAUAAGACCAAGAUCAAGUCCAUCCAAGACGCCAAUGGCAUUCACUGGUAUCAGCUACUACUCACCUUAACGAUUCGUCUCAGUGACGACGAUGUUGGUGUACUGGUAUGUCGAAUCUUCUGCCGUGGGAAGGAAGUUGGAAAGGCAGAGAUAGGAUACUCCUUCACAUGA